UGGGCCCGGGCGGACCGGUGCUCUUGGUCCUCUGCGGCCUCCUAGAGGCGUCCGGCGGCGCCCGAGCGCUCCCCCAACUCAGCGAUGACAUCCCUUUCCGAGUCAAGGCCCGGCACCGAGUUCUCUCUGCCCACAACUGGAGUUUUGUAUAAAGAAGAUAAUUAUGUCAUCAUGACAACUACACAAAAAGAAAAAUAUAAAUGCAUUCUUCCUCUUGUGACAGGUGGGGAUGAGGAAGAAGAAAAGGAUUAUAAAGGUCCUAAUCCAAGAGAGCUACUGGAGCCACUAUUUAAACAAAGCAGUUGUUCCUACAGAAUUGAGUCUUAUUGGACUUAUGAAGUAUGUCAUGGAAAACAUAUUCGGCAGUACCAUGAAGAGAAAGAAAGUGGUCAGAAAGUAAAUAUUCACGAGUACUACCUUGGGAAUAUGUUGGCUAAGACUCUUCUACCUGAAAAAGAAUAUAGUUGUCUUCCUUUCAGAUUAAGUGCUUCUCCCAUCUUCACUCCUACCCCCAUUUCUAAUGAAAAGUCUGUUCUAUACUCUUUUUUUAAGAUUCCCACUAAAAAUAUCGAAGGUCAGAUGACACCCUAUUAUCCUGUGGGAAUGGGAAAUGGUACACCUUGUAGUUUGAAACAGAACCGGCCCAGAUCAAGUACUGUGAUGUACAUAUGUCAUCCUGAAUCUAAGCAUGAAAUUCUUUCAGUAGCCGAAGUUACAACUUGUGAAUAUGAAGUUGUCAUUUUGACACCACUCUUGUGCAAUCAUCCUAAAUAUAGAUUCCGAGCAUCUCCUGUGAAUGACAUAUUUUGCCAAUCACUGCCAGGAUCACCAUUUAAGCCCCUCACCCUGAGACAGUUGGAACAGCAGGAAGAAAUUCUAAGGGUGCCUUUCAGGAGAAAUAAAGAGGAAGAUUUGCAAGCAACUAAAGAAGAGAGAUUUCCAGCAGUCCACAAACCCAUUGCUGUUGGUUCUCAGCCUAUGCUCACUGUUGGAACAACACACAUAUCCAAACUGACAGAUGACCAACUUAUAAAAGAGUUCCUUAGUGGUUCUUACUGCUUUCACGGGGGUGUUGGUUGGUGGAAAUAUGAAUUCUGCUAUGGCAAACAUGUCCAUCAAUACCAUGAGGACAAGGAUAGUGGGAAAACUUCUGUGGUUGUCGGGACAUGGAACCAAGAAGAGCAUAUUGAAUGGGCUAAGAAGAACACUGCUAGAGCCUAUCACCUUCUAGACGAUGGUACCCAGACAGUCAGGAUGGUGUCACAUUUUUACGGGAAUGGAGAUAUUUGUGAUAUUACUGACAAACCAAGACAGGUGACUGUAAAACUAAAGUGUAAAGACUCAGAUUCUCCUCAUGCUGUUACUGUAUAUAUGCUAGAGCCUCACUCCUGUCAGUAUAUCCUUGGGGUUGAAUCUCCAGUGAUCUGUAAAAUCUUAGAUACUGCAGAUGAAAACGGACUUCUUUCUCUCCCCAACUAAAGGGUAAUAAAGUUCAGGGGAAGAAAAGAACA